AUGAAAGCGAUGUACCUGCAUCUCUGCAAGACGCAUCAUCUCUUCUACGACGGCCGCGAGCAGCUGGGCCGGUUCCUCCGCGGCAUCGGGCUGAGCGUGGAGGGCGCGCUGGCGUUCUUCCAGCAGCAGUUCACGGCGAAGCUGUCGGUGGAGAAGUUCACGCGGCAGUACGCGUAUAAUAUUCGGUAUCUGUACGGACUGGAGGGCCGGCGCGUGCCGCUGAACGCGCUGCCGUGCUCGGUGAUGAUGAAGACGCGGCCUACUGGGCAGCAGUGUCAUGGAUGUCCGUUCGUGUAUAUGCAGGAUGCGGCGUUGGAGCAGCUGCUGCGGACGCUGCGAGUGAGGGAAGAAGCGAUCGGAAACAUCGUGGCAUACGCAAAGGAACAGAAGGUGGAGGUAGGCGAGCGGAGGAAGGGCGAGCGGUAG